CCGUUUGAUUUCCGGAGGAGCAGGAAGGUUUCUUUUUAUUCUCUUGAGUGCGAGCAUAAUUUUCUGUGGCAGAGGAGGUUACAGUCAUGUUGCAGUUUAUACUGGGAUUUGCUUUUGGGAAUGUAGUGGGCAUGUACUUAGCCCAGAAUUAUGAGGUACCCGAUAUAGCAAAAAAAUUUGAAGACUUCAAGAAAGAUGCGGAAGCAAAGAAAAAGCCGCCAAGUGACAAGUCCUAAAUAUCAGAAGUCAUUUUGUAGCAGAUCCACCCGUUUAUGUAUUGGAUAUCCGCUUUAGCUAAAGUGACACUGGUCAGCUUUCUCAAGUCAGGGUUGCGACAUUGACUGAGAAUUCUGCAAUACUCUUAACUUAUCAACACAGGAGUUUAUUUUGGUUGGAUAUUUUUGGCUUUCUAACCAAUGGAAUUUUCCAAAUAUAUUCAAGAUUCAGCUAAACAUAUAGAUGCUUACUUAAACUAUAUCUUUUUCAUAUGCGACUUCUAGUAACUUUUUUUUGUAUGAUGGAAGAACAAAUAGCCAAUUAGUUUGCAGUGGUUGACAAUCAUUUAAAAGUUACUGUAAGCUUUGGAUAUUUAGUAAACUGGUUUCAUUAUUUACUGUUAGAAAAUCGAUGUCUGUAUCAAAUUUCAGUUCUUUUACAUAAUUAUUUUUGUUUUAUAGACAGCCUCUUAGCACCUAAACUGUUACAAUGUAUGUUCACUUGAUAAAGCAUUUUAAUAUGUAUCCAGAAGGUGAUGUCUAUGGCAAAACUGCAGGGUGUUUUUUUGUUUUUAAUUAUUAAAAACAAAUAAAAUAAACUUAUAUUUUA